UAAACAUUAUUAUUAUUAUUAUAUUAUUAUUACUAAUCCAGGUCAUAUAAUAUAAUAUUAGAACAUAUGAUACUAAACCACAGUUUAAUUGUGGUGUGUUGUUGUGUGUCAUGAGUCAUCAUUAUUCAAUGCAAUCACAAUAUCUAUCGUCAUCAUCAUCAUCAUCAAUAACAUCAUCAGCAUUAUUAACAGACAGAUCAAAUAUUACUCAUCCUAAUACUGAUCUAAUUAUGGGAAAUACUGUUCCGUCUUCUUUUCUUGAAAUGAAUUUAACCCAAACAACAAAUGGUUUAUUAAAUAAUAAUAAUAAUAUUAGUAAUAACGAUGUGGAUUUGAAUCGUCAAACUCGUGUAAAUUUAACAGAUGAUAAUGCACAAUGUAAAUCACCAUUAUGGGUACCACCUGUUACACCAUAUACAUUACUUGGUUUAUUAAAACCACAUUUAACACAAUCUGGUUUACUUACUAAUAACAAUACAACACAUCAAAUACAACAACAAACAAGUACUGGAACACUUAUAAAUACAAAAUUAUGUGAAGAUUCAAUAGGACAUCAACCAUUCCAACAACAACAACAACAACAACAACAGUCUAGUUUAAAACAAUCACAACAUCAAAUUUCAUCAAUGUCUGCUUAUCUUUCGGAACUUUUGAAUCAAUCUCAAACAUCGAUAGCAACAACAACGACUAGUGGGAAAAAUUCAGUACAUGCUUUAUAUGAGAAAAUUCUUAUCGGUGAAUUAGAUCAAUUGCAUAAAUCACUGGAACAACGAUGUCUUCUUUCCAACACAUUUGAUUCAAAUCAACUAAUGACAAUUUCAUGCUCCGAAGACAAUGUUAGCAGUGGUGUUAAUGGUCGUGAAAAUACAAACUCCACGAUAAUAACACCAGCAACGCCAGUAACAACAAACCCCUCAUCAUCAUUAUCAUUGACAACAAUAACUGGUUUGAAAAUCGGUAAUAAUCCAACAUUAGGUACCAAUUUACCAGCAUUAACAACUGAUCCUGCUAGAGCAUUACUUAUUGCUGGACAAGUAUGUGAUUGGCCAGGUUGUGGAGCUAUUCUUGGUCCUGAUACAUCGUUUAUUGACCAAUCUCAAUAUAUGUACUAUGUGGUGUCCAAUAGUGAUGUUUCAUCCUAUUAGAGAUUCAUCAAUUAGAUAUACUUGCAUCUCAGUGUUCGUGUCCACAUUAGGACCUGACUCUAUUACUUUCCACUUAAAAGACCAUCACAUAUUAUCUACCGGGCUAAUGAACAUAAUCGACGUUUUUAAUCUAUUUUACUAUAAUUGAAACUUAUAUUAUUAUUAUUUCAAUUCUUUUGCUGUUUGUCUUGUUAAUUUCAUACCACUUUGUCAGUGUUCAGUAAGAAAAUUUGAAACCAGUACAUACUUAUACCAGGUUGUAAGUUGUUUCGAGUCUUAUACUUGUUAUCCCUUAAGAAUUAUCAUUUGAAGAUGAUCAUCAUGGCUUGGCUUACAAUUUGAAACUAACUUGAUCUAAAAGGAAUUCAUGAACUUCAAUGAUAUUUUAUGUUAUUGGGAUGAGUUAUAAAACUAUGACAUGUUAAAUAUUUAUCGUCGUUUCUCUACUCAAAUCUAAUCUUAAUACAACCUACUCUCUUUCUUUCUCUCUUUCUCUUUGUAUCUCUCUCAAUUUUAAACACACCAUCUUGAUAUAAAAUGAAACGUAAUUAUGUAUUAAACAACAU